ACAUUCAACAAACUCGAACAUAUCCGCCAACGACCGUAAGCUGCCAGAGAAAGAGAGGAAAAGAGAGAAAAGGAAAAAUGGCAUCGUCGGCCCGAGCGGCGGCCUCCGCCGCGAGAUCAGCUCUCCGCGCGGCGCCCCUCGCCGGCCGCGUCCCAGGCUCGUCGCUUCCGCAUCUGGCGCCCUCUUCCCCUGCCCAAGCCGCAGGGAUCCUCCGCAGGUCGGCGGGAGCGGCGUGGAUGCAGACGCUGGUAGCGCCCCUGCACAGCGCGGCCAGGUCGGCUCGCACGAGGACCUGCAGCGCCCAAGAUGGCAACACCUCAUCCUCAUGGAACUUUAGGCGCCCAUUCAGUUCAAAUGAAAAGCAUCUGCCUGCAAUAUCUGACCCAGAAAUUGAGUCCGCGUUGAAGGAUUUGAUGGCUGCUAGCUGGAAUGAACUUCCAGGUUCUCUUGUCAAUGAAGCAAAAAAAGCAGUAUCUAAAGCUACUGAUGAUAAGGCUGGUCAAGAGGCUUUGGAAAAUGUAUUUCGUGCAGCUGAGGCAUGUGAAGAAUUUGGUGGAGUUUUAGUUACCCUAAGAUUGGCUCUUGAUGAUCUUUGCGGUCUAACGGGUGAGAAUGUUGGUCCCUUGCCUAGUUAUGUAGAAGAUGCUGUUAAAUCCGCAUAUAAUAGAUAUAUGGCAUAUCUGGAAUCAUUUGGCCCUGAAGAGCAUUAUCUACGUAAAAAGGUGGAGAGUGAGUUGGGGACAAAAAUGAUUCACCUGAAAAUGAGAUGCAGUGGCAUAGGGUCCGAGUGGGGAAAGAUCACCCUGAUUGGCACCUCUGGAAUCUCAGGGUCUUAUGUUGAGCUAAGGGCAUGAUGGAACUCUGCAUAUCAGAACUGUGGGCAAACACCGAUGGGCCGACAGGAAGCAGCAUAUCAGAACCAGGUGUUCCCAUUUUCCUUUGUUUCACACUGUAGUUACCAAGCCAAUAACAAUAGCAAGGAGAUUGUCAUAACAGAUGUGCGCUUACAGCAACUCUUUGUGCUCCAAACUUAUGCUGCUGUAAUAAGAACGUGUCUCUGGUGGUUACGUUGAUUUUGUUUUUUUGUGCAACCUAUGAUGGGUGGUCUUUAAUGUCACGUUUUGGGGUCUUUCUCGCAUGUUGAGGAACAGUUUAUCUGAAUAAGAUUUCUGUCUUGUUCAGAAGUUCUGUACUGUUGAUCUAUUUCGUGCAUUGCUGAGACUUUUGCUGAUUA